CGGUACCGGCGGGACGGGGCGGAGCACCACGAGUGGCUGGGCGGCCUCCAGCGCUUCCGAGCGGUGCUGGAGCCCGAGCUGCGCCGCCACGACCGCAUCCUCGUGCUCGCACAGGCUGUGGGACCAGUGCUCUGAGCUAUGAGCUGCACGAGCUGGGCUACCCCGACGUCACCAGCAUCGACUUCUCUCCUGCCUGCGUGGAGGCCAUGAGCUCCCGCUACGCUCACUGCCCCGACCUGCGCUGGGCUGUCAUGGACAUGCGCUCCCUGACCUUCCCUGAUGCUUCCUUUGACGUGGUGCUGGAGAAGGGCACGUUGGACGUGCUGCUGGUGGAGGAGACUGACCCCUGGCACGUGUCCCCCCGCGGUGCCGCUGCGAUGCACCGGGUGCUGGCAGAGGUGAGCCGCGUGCUGCGCCCGGGGGGCCGCUUCCUCUCCAUCACCUUCGCUCAGCCCCAUUUCCGCAUCCCACACUACGCACAGGAGGCCUUUGGCUGGUCGCUGCGGCACACAGCCUGCGGGGACACCUUCCACUACUUCGUCUACAUCAUGUGCAAAGGGCAGCCCCUGGACCCCCACCACCUGGCCCUGGGCAGGCAGCUGGGGCGCCCCCCCCCAGCCCCCCCGCCCCUUUUCACUAUGGCAGAGGAUGAGGAUGAGGAUGAGGACUUUCUCCACGCCAUCGAACUGUGACCCCGCGGUGUCACCUCUGCGCCUUUCUUUUUGGCUGGGGAAAUCCAGCUCCCCAUCCCAGCUGGAUGAGAUGGAGGGGGGGCAGCAGGGCUGUGUACUGCCCAUCGCUUUGUGCCCCCCCCACCCCUCCUCCUCCUCUCGGAUUGCAGCCAGGGAGCUGGGAAUGAGACUGCAGCGGGUUUAAUUCCACCCUCCUCCCCACCCCCCAGCGCUGCUGUGACAGAGCCCCGGGCCUGAAGGGGAGGGUGGGAUGGGGGACGUGACCCUGCUGUGCUGCUCCCUGCGGUCUGGGGACACCCCUGUGUUAGGGGAGGUGGCACAAGGACCAUGGUGGGUGAUGUGUGACCAGGCACAGGGCAGCUCCACGCAGCAGGCAGGUGACACAGUGGGGUGUCCCAAGCCCAGGGCUCUGCCAUCGCAGUGUAAGUGGGUCAGCAGGGCCCCCCCAGAGCUGUGGGGUGCUGUGUGUUAGGGGGUGGUGUUGAGGAAGGAGCAGACGGCGGCGGUACAUGGACGUGUUUUAUUCAUCGCGUUUUGUUCACCGUACAGUGACAAAUGGCGCUGGGCGUUACAAUGGGCCGUUGGUAGAACACGAUGGCGCGCGGGUCGCUCCUCUUCCUCAUUGA